AUGGGGUUUCCAUCUAUAGCAUGCAUUGGAAUCGUUGGCAAAUCGGAUAAUCUCCUCCAUAUUUCGGUAUUCCAACCCCAUGACAACAACCAGCUGGAAUUUUCAUUAGCUCUCAACUCAGCGCUCGAUAUAUUUGAGUUGCGGCAACGUGAAACUUCGGUCGACCAAGAUUUUGGGUUGCUACAUGCUUUGGAUGAGAGAUUUGCGGUUUAUGGCUGGUUGACAAACACAAAGGUGAAGCUUCUCAUCAUUGUUGAUUUGGGGGGGAAACAAACUCCGGAGAAGUUUGCUCUCCUCGUCGGCCUUCGAGAUUCCGAUCUAAAGCCAGCUUUUCGAGCUUUGCAGACUGCUUAUGUCAGGCUCUUGCAAAACCCAUUCUACAAUCCGGAAGAAGGGGAUGCCGAUGGCAAAGAGUCCAUGUGCAAUAUCAAAAUUAAAGACCGUCGUUUCAUUGCUGAAGUGAAUCAUAUUGGAGAGACAUGGGCACCCGGAGUACUGAACUUGGAGGCUCUUCCGUGA